AUGACAGUUGAGUUAAUUGAAAAUUUGCUUGAAAUAUUGCGUUCUGAAAAUCAUCAUGAUCUACCUAAAUCAGCAACAGGCUUACUACAAACCAAGUCUAAUGAAAACAUUCAAGUAAUGAAAAGUUUAAAAAACACAAAUGGGUCGUAUGUAUAUUUUGGUAUUGAAGAAGGACUAAAAGGUAUAAUCUCUGAGGAGUAUACUGAAAAUACCAUACAAUUAUUAUUUAACAUUGAUGGCUUACCAUUGUACAAUAGUUCAAGUCAACAAUUUUGGCCUAACUUGGGACUUAUUGUGCAUGAUAAAUAUGACUCAAAUCCAUUUAUUGUUGCAGUGUAUAGUGGUGAUUCUAAACCUAAAAAUGUCAAUGAUUUUUUAAAAGACUUUGUCCAGGAAGUAAGCUUUUUAGUUAAAAAUGGUUUAAAUAUUGGCCAAAAAUUUUUUAAAAUAGAAGUUAUUGGAUUUUCCUGCGAUACACCUGCAAGAGCAUUUAUCAAGAAAUGUAAAGGGCAUGGGGGAUUUUACUCAUGUGAGCGUUGUGAAACAAGGGGCAAGACAAUAAAUAAAAAAAGAGUGUAUCCCAGCAUAAACUCAAGACUUCGAACAAAACGAGGUUUUAUAAAACAACGUCAACGUGAGCACCAUUUAGAUGGAAGAGCUUUGCUGCUAGAUAUUCCAGACUUUAACCCAGUAAAUUCUGUAUUCUUGGACUCAAUGCACUUACUUUAUCUUGGAAUAACAAAAUGGAUUUUACAGCAAUUACUUGGUGCCAAAAUGCGAGUUAAUCGUAAAUGUAAACUUCCUCAAAACAAAAUAAAGCAUUUCAAUUCAAUUUUAAACAUAUUUACAAGACAUAUAUCCAAAGAAUUCCAAAGGAAAAAAUUGGAUUUAGAUUCAUUUGCUCACUGGAAAGCCACACAGUUUAGAUUUUUUUUAAACUACUGUGGGGCUCUGGUACUACGUAAAAUUGUUAACAAAAAAAUGUACCAUCAUUUUUUACUGUUGGUAGUUGCUUGUAGAAUUUUAAAUGAUCCUGAAUUAUGCGUAGAGAAUAUAAAUUAUGCUAGGGACUUACUCAAAAAAUUUUUUGAACUUCUACCUUCUUUUUAUGGAUCUGAUUCACAAAUUAUGAACAGCCAUAAUUUGAUUCAUAUAGCAGAUGAUGUAGAAUACACUAAUAUGCCUCUAUCUGCAAUAUCAGCAUUUCCUUUUGAAAAUUUUCUUGGAAAAAUCAAACGAAUGAUUGGUGGUAGAAAUAAGCCUUUAGCACAAUUAGUUAGAAGAGUCUCUGAGCAAAAGGCAUGUCCACAGAUGAUGAUGAAAAAUGCUAUACACAAGAAAAAGUGCCUAAUAGUUAACCCUGACGUUACUCAUAAAAGCAAAAAUUAUUUAAAAAGCAUAAUUCUACGUGGGUUUGAGUUGAAUACAACUAAACCCAACAAUAUUGUAAAAUUGGAUUCUGGUAAGGUUUUUAGCAUUACAAGAAUUCAAAGAAAACGAAAUAGUAUUUAUUUACAUGGAUAUGCGUACAAGACUGUCACUGACGCUUUUAAGUUCCCUUGCAAAUCUACAAAAGUUGGAAUUAUGAAAUUGGGUAGAUUAUCUAAUAGAAAAAGAAUUAUUUCAAUUGAUAAUAUUUUUAAAAAAUGUGUUCUCUUUGAAAAUGGGAGUCAUAGUUAUGCAAUGACAUUACUUCAUAACUCAUAA